CGUAUGAUAGAAUUGCUGAAAGAAGAAUAUGAAAUAAAGAAGUUUAAGCACGCUUACACUAUAGGAAAAGAGGAAAAUACAUUUCUUUCAAAGAAUGUGAACAUGACGGCCGAUGAGGAAUUCAAGAUAUUAGAAGGACUGGGUUAUACUUCACCAGACAAAUUUAUCAACAAUAAAUUGAACUUGGAAACGCUGAAGUCUAUAGUUUUGACUAUGAUGUAACGAAGAAUAAAUUUCUUUAUAUAAGAACUAACUGACAACAAUGUAGUAC